CUCCUUCAAUAACCCCUGAGGUGGAUGGUUUAGAACUUGUCUGCUGAAAUAAAGUGACCAACUGUUUUCUCAACCUGGCAGAACUUAAAGCAUAUGCAGGGAGAGAGUCUGGGGGAAGCGGAGUGUGAAAAGAACCAAAGCCCUUUCUGAAACCUCCCCAAUCGCCGUUCUCACCCUGACAGGCUGCAGAAUAACAUCCGUGUUUUGCUCCACAUCACUUAAUUCUGCCAGGGGAAGGGAAAUGGCUGCAGUGGAGCUGGAACAGGAACUCGUGACCUUCAGAGAGGUGGCUGUGUAUUUCUCCAAGGAGGAAUGGGCUCUUCUGGACCCUGGUGAGAAAGCCCUCUACAGGGACGUCAUGCAGGACAAUUAUGAGACACUGAUCUCACUGGGAUUUGUGACUCCUAAACCUGACUUGAUCUCACAGCUAGAACGAGGAGAGGUGUCAUGGGUCCUGGAUCUCCAGGGCUCUGAGAAAAGGGACAUGCUGACAGGAACCUGCAUAGGUGAUGGGACAGUGAAUGAGAACAAGGAGGCGAAUUCUCAGCAGGAAGGUCCUGAGCAAGUGGUUCCACAGGGGACGGUAUCAGGAAGAUCAGAAGGGGAUGUUUCCGAGACUUCUGAGCAGGGAGAAGCCUGUCAGACACAGCUCAGGCCAGAGCGGCUGCAGAGAAACCUCUCUGGGGAGACACAGGGUAAAUCCAGUCACCGUGGGAGAAGUCUCAAAGGCAUCCCAAUCUGUCAGGCGACCCACUUGGGAAAGGGACCAAAGACACUUGGUGACUCAGGGGAAAGCUACAAUAGCAUUUCACAUGUUAUUAGUCAGCAGAGAAUCUGCAGAGCAGGAAAAUCCAAGAAAUGCACUGACUGUGGAAAAAGUUUUGCUUAUAAAUCGGAACUUGAUAGACACAAUAGAAUCCACACCGGAGAUAAACCCUAUAAAUGCCUCAACUGUGGGAAAAGCUUCACUCUGAGCUCCACCCUGAUAAAACAUCAGAAAACUCACACGGGGGAGAGACCCUAUACGUGUCCUAACUGUGGGAAAAGCUUCCGUCAGAGUUCGCACCUUGCUAGACAUGAGGGAACCCACAGGGAAGAAAAGCCCUUUAAAUGCCCUGACUGUGCAAAGUGUUUCAGUUGCACCGCAAACCUUCUUACCCAUCAGCGAAUCCAUACGGGAGAGAAGCCCUACCAGUGUCAACACUGUGGGAAAAGCUUCACACACCACUCAUACCUUCUGGGCCAUCAGAGAAUCCAUACAGGAGAGAAACCCUAUAAGUGUCGACACUGUGGAAAAAGCUUCACACACCGCUCAAACCUUAGUACACAUCAGAGAAUCCACACAGGAGCGCGACCUUGCAAACCUAAGGACUGUGGGAAAAGUUUCAGUGUGAGCUCAGACGUUAUUGGCCAGUAAAAGCUGGAAGGGAGACUGGCGGGGAAUGGAAACCAUCUUCAACAAAGACUGUAUCUUGCUAGGUUAAGUUAUAGUCUUUUAGAUGAAUUUUCACUUUUAUUUGCUUGUAACUGUUUCCGACUUUAUCCCUUUUACUUGGUAUCACUUAAUCUAUGUUCUUUUGUUAAGAAGUUUGUUUUGCUUUCAUUCUAAAUCAUCACUGUUGUGUAAGUUCAGUAAAGUGUGUGCUUCUAGAAAGCAGACAGGAUGGAGUGUUUUACUUGGCCUCUAAGGGCAGAGAACCUAACUCUUUCUGAGGGUUCAGUGGCAGGGACUGGUCCCUGCUGUAGGAUGGUUUUGGGGUGAACUCAGGGCUGGAAGGGUACUGAGGUCAGUCUGCAAGGAAUAACUGGGUUGGACAAAGCCAGGGUGAAGCUUAUGGGCUGCUGGCAGGCUGUUGAGAGGGGCAGAGCUCUGGACCAAAGCUACAGAGCCACAAGACAUCCACGGUUACAAGGGAAACAGUGACUGAAUCCCUUACUGGCCUGGGUGAACUCCAAACCAUCAAACUUGGCAGCCCACUAUCCUCAAAAAAAUCUCCAUUCCCCAUGAAUAAGAUCAUUUCUCUGCUCAUGCACCUAAACACCCACUCUGGGAAAACCCAAAAAAGUACAUUUUGGGACUUGAUGAUCAAUAAAUGUAGACUGGCUGGCUGGCACCACACCUAUGAAUACCAGCUGAGUCACAAAUCCUGGGGCAUCUCCAAGUGCUUCUUCAUUGACUCAGGUACAGUGGACAUCUUUAUCAAAACUGAAGCAACUUGGGCACUAUAGAUUCCUUUGUGGCUCAAGCCUGUUCUUGAUCUGGCAGAGGCAAUCACGCGGGUGCUCUUUCUCCGGGCCAGUUUCCAUGGAAACUGUUCCAAGAGUAUUGAGAGACCCAUACAUUCCCCCACGCUUCAGUGUGGUCCUUGGUAUUUCAUGGCUGGCCCUCCACAACUCCCUUAUCUGCUGGGCUGAACUAACAGUUGAACUUUUCUCAGAAUUCUGCCCGCAGCACUGCUUGACCCCAGGAAAUGGG